GCAAUAAGCACGGUGUUGACUUCGCCAAAGAGAUACCGACGCGCUUCUAUCUUUUAGUGAAUUAUUACGGAUACUCCAUAAUGAGAGGACUGAUGAUCUUGAUCGCGACCACCGCGGUUGUCAGCGGUCAUCGAGAAGCGACUCCUGGUUUCGCAGUGGAUUUUCGGAACUUUGGAGGAUCAAGACUAUACCAAGAUUUGCCAUACCGGGAGCAGCCCAGAUCUUUCCGAGAGACGGGACCAGCGCCUGGACAGCAUCAGACGUACCGUCCAGAGUCGUUUCGCGACUAUCGUCCAUCAUUCAGCGCGCGUGAUGAGGGCAGAACCUUCCGAGACGAGGGACGUGGCGGAUUCAAGGAUGAAGAUCGAGCGGGUUUCAAGGAAGAGCUGAGAACGUACAGCGACGAGGCGAGGCCCUUUAGGGAUGAGGCCAGACUGUUCAAGGACGAAGGCCGCUUCAGAGAAGAUUUGAGGGCGUUCAGGGAUGAAAGAGUUUUCCGAGAUGACGCUCGGGGAAUCCGCGAAGGUCCCAGGCCCUUCAGAGAGGAAUCGAGGCCCUUCAGAGAAGAAAUUAGACACUUUAGGGAAUCGUCGUACAGAGAUGAGCCAAGACCCUUCAGAGAAGAAACUCGCACGUUCGAGGGGCCCAGGCACUACCGCGAAGAGAUCAGGCCUUUCAGGAACGAUGUUAGACCCUUCAGAGAAGAGCCGACCGGAUUCAGGGAAGAGAGACCCUUCCGAGAGGAAUCAGGACCGCUGAGAAACGAGCCUAGGCCAUUCCGAGAAGAGUCCAGACCCUUCAAAGACGAAAUUCUUUUCACCCAAGAAAGUCAAACACUCGCCGAGGCUCAGCAUCGCUUCAACAAAGAGCACCAACAUCGUCAGCCUCUCUCCUUUGGCGGACAUUCCAAUUAUUUGAAGUACGGAAACCAUGGCUUGGGCUAUGCCUCCAUACCCUCGGCCAUUCUACCGCUGGAGGAUCAUCCUCCCAGAAUGCCAUCGUCAAUGGGCAUCUCGGACCUCUCCACAACAGCUUCGACACAAGCACCUAACUUUUUGGAACAUGCCAUUCAGAGUAGUCCGCCGGCAAGUGAAUCCACUAUCACUGCGAGUCACAUAGCCGUAACCCGAGCUCCAGACGUUGGUGCUACGCCUAGCGUAGAGCCUCAAUCCGGAAAUACAAUAAGUCAUAGCACUAACCAACAGCAGACGAACGAAAACCUGGUCGAUGGUGGAGCGACAAAUCCAACGUCGAGUGGGGUCACCAUUCCAACAUCCGGGGGCACGAGUGUCACGCCCAAAAUGCUUUUCACCUCUGGAGGACCUGCAAUGUCGCAUUCCCCGAUGGGAAUCAACGGGGUGGAUGCUGAUAUUGGUGUGCAACAAGCUCACGGAGCAGCGUCCAAUUCUCUUCACGCCUCCAAGCAAGAAACGAACGGCGUGUCCUCACCAAGUUCCUAUUUCCCGAGCGAUACGAGACCGGAAGUGCCCGAGGCACUCUUGAACUACGUCUUCAAGUACCGGAUUCCGGAGGAUGCCAAGGUGAGAUACACCUUCAGGAAUUCACUUCAGCCUGAAAGUUUCAACCAGAUCCAAGCAGUUCCAUUGAUUCAUCAACACGGUCAUCAAACUGCAAAAUACACAGUUCUACCCGAGUUGAAGAUUGCUGGUCUCCCGGCGAUGCAGCCCGGGCCAACCGUCAACUACGUCGCGAGCCCGGAUGUGCAGAAGGUUUCUUAUCUCUCACCAAACUCUCAGGGUCUCGAGAUCAGCGGUGGAUAUACGCCUGGAAACGUGCCGCCGGUUAACUUCGCCGGAAAUCUUAUCCAACUUGAGCGUGAGACGCGAUUUACGCCCCUGGGACAAGCUGGCCAGAUGGCUGGUGCGCAGGCCAAUCAGUACUCGCAGCUUGGCCAAAUCAGCAGCGGCGAAUACUUGACUCAGCUGGCUCAGUAUGGGAACCUGGGCCAGGCCCAGGCGACUGGCGUUCCUUUCGGUCAGGUAGGGUUGCCAUUGCAACUCGGGGGCUUCGGUGGAAUCGACUACAAUAGUCUCUCAAGUAAUUCGGAAGCGGCGAGGGGAGCGGCGCCGAUGAGUUUGGAAUUAACGGAUCCGUCCAGGCCACCAGGGGGAACCUUCUCCAAGAUUUCCUUUGGCGACUCCAUCUGGCGAUUGUAGGACACUCCGGAGAAGACGUUCACGAGUCUCCGCUACUGUGUAUAGGAUUUCAAUCAUCAGCUCAUCACUCCAGGCAUCAAAAGCCACGUCAAUAUUCAUUUCAUUGAGUCCCCAUUCGAGUUCGUACUCGAUAACUGCCCUCGCGAAUUCCAAGCUCGUGUAAUUAUAGUUGUCAUUGAAUGAGGCACUUUUAAACCAAGUCAGUACUUUCCGGAUCGAAAGGCUACAAAACUGUGGAAGCCAGCAUCGAAGACUUCAGAAGCCAGGAAUCUCGAAGCUCCUCGUUUCGUCCGCUGGCCGUUGUCAUCCCCCAGAUUUUCGAUGAUCGCCGAGUGAACGCAAGUCUAAAGCGACCUCUCGAACAUGAAUCAUAAUCACACGAAUGCCUCAGCAUUGUGCACCAGAAAGAAAAGCCUCGAAGAAACUAGACAAAGAAGAGCAUGAAAAUGGGAAUUGAAGGAGAAAGAGAGGAACGAAGAUACGAUGCACUGCAAUGCUUUACGGUAGAUGGAGCUUUGAGAUGAGACCUUAAAGCCCCCCCCCCAGCUCCAUUCGAAUCCCUCGGCGAUAUGAAUUCGCUUAUCAGAGUCUCCUCGAAGAUAUUGAAUUUGAAUGUACGUAUGCACACAAAUAUAUUGCCAAAGGUAUCUCGCCUCGCACCCAACUACGUUUUCAAUGCCUGCCUUAAAACUACUUUCCCCUUCAACUGCCUCGUGGCAUAUUAUGCUCCUCCACUAUUCACCUCGUUGUACCCAACACGUCACAUUCCCCAUAAAUACCUUGUUUUAUGGCCUCCAGACGAGCUCAACCCCUUCACAGUUAACUUUCCAAUUUCGAUCGAACGACAUUGAGAAAUAAAUACAAGCGUACUAAAAUAAUAGAGAAAUGAGUAACAUCAACAUCUUCUAGGCACCAUUCUCUGACUAGGUGGACUUUUUUCAAAUCAAUUUAUGCAAAAAUUGAAAAAGAAUCAUGGAAGCUCAAUUUUUUGUGAAAAAAUUUUUUUUUCAUUCUCCAAAGUGACUGGCCCACUUCAGGAAUCCAGUUUACAAUUUUGUGGCCAUCUCUUCCCAGUCAGUGAUCCAAUGCAAAGUUUCAAAAAGACAAUGUAAAACGUGCAGCGUGUCGAUACUCGAGAUUGGUUGAUUUCUCCUCAUUUUUGAAUUUGAAAUCAUCCUCAUUUCUAGAGAAUUAAACCAAUGGAAAUAAAUGAAAUUCUUAAAACAUAUUUACACAAAUAUUGUUGUGUUGUUUUGUUUUGUAUUAUUAAAAAACUAGGCUAGUUGCUCCGGAAGUCGUUUGAUUUGGAUUUAAGAAAUUACAAUAUUUUUUCGUUAUUUUUCGUGCGAGUAGAAAAAAAUUCAGGAUCCAAAAAACCACGCUCGGAAUCGUUCAAUUUGAACGACAUUUUGAUAUCUUUUAUUUCCAAAAUAUUCCAAUAUCGACGAGACAAAAUCUGGAAUGUUAGUUCGUUUUUCUGGCA